AUGGUAUCGACGACAGAAGCUCCUGUUGACCUCGUUGAGAAUGUAGAGGAGACGCAAGUUCCUGAAGUUGAGACACCUUUCAUGUUAAAAAUCGUGCUCCCGGGUGGCAAAAACAAACUAGAAAUCCCCUGUUCUCUCCAUGUCACCGUCCAAGACAUACGACAGUUUCUGUUAGAGUCGCCUGAAUCGAACUUUCACACAUGCUUCUCGCUACGAGACAGCAACAAUAACAAGCUCUCUGAACUGUCUGAACUCGCAGAGUGCAAGGAAUUCAAUGCUGGCGAUGAGCUUCAUAUGGUGGAAGAUCCAUAUUCCGACAGAGACGUUCGAAUACACGUAACUAGGUUUCGAGAGGUGCUAAGUAACUUUCACAAUAUACUCCCUCAAUAUGGUGUUGAUGCUGGAAUCUCCUACUUGACUGCCAUAUCUGGCGAGAAUGCCGAUAUAGCAACUAUAAUGGAGACAAAGACACCUAAAAAGAGCAAUGGCAAGAAAAAGAAUGGGAAUAACGCACCAUCUCCUUCUCGCGCUGCAAACGCUGGCGAUACAGCCAAUCCAUCGAUCAAACAUCCUUUUCAUGACUAUGAAUUCGAUGAUAUACCAACAUCCUCUCUGGAACAUGCUGUGCCAGAUGGCGUCCAUACACCAACUAUACCAUGUCUGAAAUCCAUCGAUAUAUCACCCUGGAAUCCACCACCGCAUUCCCGUCGCAUGAUGGGCGACUUGACAUACCUAGUAGCAACCUCGCUAGAAAACGAACGAUUGCACAUAACUUGCUCAGCAUCCGGUUUUUAUAUAAACAGCUCAACCGAUACAGCUUUCAAUCCAGCUCCAGCAUCACCGAAAUCGCAUCACUCGCAUACACUUCCUGGCAUGUUAUCAUUCGCAUCUCCAUUGUUUUCAUCGCAUUUUGCUAUAUUGCAAGAAUCCACUGCCAAACGUCAUCCAUUCGAAAUCAUGUUGGUAGCCUCCAACGUUGUCUCUCAUCCAUGGUGUGUAAAGUCUCGACCGCACUCUGCUGAUUCAGCUAGGACUCUAGAUGAGCGUAUAAUAAGAGACGCUACAUCCGCCAAACUACAUGCUGAAUUCGUUGAUGCUGCUAUCAAAGGCGCCUUAGCUAUUGCCAAGAAGGCUCUACAGCCAAUCAAUCCUCAGGAGCCUGAAUCCCAUCAAAUAUUCAUCCACGAAAACAUAUUCUUCUCUGCUGGUGCAGAUGCUGAUGGUAGACUCGAAAGUUUUGGAGGCUCAGAAGCUGCCCAUGUCACUAUAUCAAAAGACAUUGAUGGUGUCCGUGUAUUGAACUCGAGAGAAAUCGAAGGGUGUUAUACAUUAGGAACUGCACUGAUUGACUAUGCCGGUCGUCGGAUCCUUGCUCAAACAAUCAUACCAGGUCUGCUACGUAAAAGUCAGCAGCAGCAGAAUGCAGUCACGUAUGGUGCAGUCGAUUCUGGGAAGGAGAUUGCUAGCGAUCCAAAAUUCCAUGAAUUGUGUGAACGAGUUGCUACAGAUUUGCAUCUGGUCGAACAUGUCGUUGAAGACGGUGAUGGCAAGUCGCACUCGUUGUGGACUUCAGUGGAUACUAAAGGAAUUUUGGGUAAUGAUGGGCGUAUGUACUUGCUGGACUUGUAUCGAUUGACUCCAGUGGAUUGCGAAUUCAUGGAGAAAGUGGAGAAGGAAGCUGCUGAAAACCCGUAUCCCCAUAAGAUGGUGUUUUUACGUCAUGAGCUUAUUGAAAACUUUAUGGAGUUUAAAGUUAGAGAGUUCUUGUUGGCCAAUCGACCUCAACUUGAGGCAGAAUUUGCUGCAGAAAAGACAGAAAAGAGCAAUGCUGUAGAAAAUGGUCAAGUUGAAGCCAUUGGAAAUGGGCAUGCUGUCCAAAAUGGUGUCGAUUCAUCAAAAGCAAACGCAAACGGUGUCUCGACCUCAGAUGAGAAUGGUGUUGCUAAGACUGAACAAAAUGGAACAAAUGAUUCAUCAGAUCCCAAUAAUCUUUCUGAGCUCCACUUUGACUUGAGAAUGAAUCCUGACGCAUUCACUCCAGUCAAGCGUAAUGCUACAGAAGAGAUCAUUGAGGCUGAAAACGAAAUCGUCCGUCAAGCUUCCAAAUAUAUCACUGACCAAAUGAUACCUGGUUUCAUCGUCGAUGUAAUCAAUAACCCUUCAACUCACCCUGUUGAUGGAGAAGCAUUGACCAAAAAGAUGCAUGCCAGAGGCAUCAAUAUGAGAUAUUUAGGAUAUCUUGCCGAAUUCUUUGAAACGAAGCUUCCAAAUUAUGGUAUCAAGUAUACCUUGGAGUUAUGUAUACAGGAAAUGAUGGCUCGAGGUGCUAAGAAGGUCGUACGAGACUAUCUAAAGGAUACGCCAAGCUAUCUCUGGUCUUAUUGUGUCAGUCACUUUUUGAAUUGUCUGUUUUCUGAUGACGGUGUUACUGUUACUGCACCAGUUGAAUCUCUGCACUCCUCUUUCCUGCCAAAUUCCGACGCACCACCACCGUUUGCUGCGUUAACACCAGCUUUACUACACGAACGUAUACAACGAGAAGUCCUGUCUCGAUUCCGAUACACGCUUGCACCAUCAUGGUGGAAGUCCCGUCGUCUACGACUGCUACGAUCUAUAUGUAUCAAAGUUGGUAUUCAAAUCGAAGCUCGAGAUUAUGGUCUCUCUCAACAAGCUGUAUCCUUUAAACCAUCCGACAUCAUAAACCUGUAUCCGAUCAUUAAAGCGCCGGAGCCCCGAUCUGGUAUGGCCGAAGAAGCCGCAGAGCAUGGUAAAAUGGCCUUGUCGAAAGGCCAAAAAGAUUUUGGUAUAGAACUCAUCACGGAGGCUGUCACUAUCGCUGAACAAGUAUAUGGACCUGUGCACCCUGAGACGGGUCGUGCGUUGGCUCAAUUGGCAAUGAUACACUUCAGCAACAAGAAUUAUGAUACCGCUCGUGAGUUGCAGAGGAAGGGUGUCAUUGUUUUGGAACGGACUUUGGGUGUUGAUGAUCCUGAUACCUUGCAACAAUAUAUGAAUUUGGGAUACUUUGAGUACUCGCUCAACAAUCUGCAUGCUGGUCUCAAGUAUAUGCGUUGGGCUCUUCAGUAUUGGGAGAUGUUGACUGGAGGUGAUAAACAUCCUGAGGAUGCCUCAGCUGAUGCCAAUAUUGCUACUAUGCUUCAAAAACUCAAGGACUACCCAUUAUCGAAUCUAUUCUUUGAAAGAGCAGCAGCAACAAAUGAAGUCUUACUUGGCCGUGAUACUAUAUUGACAGCAGUAUCAUAUCAGUCAUUGACGAAAUCGUACUUCUUGAUGAGUGACUAUCGCAAAGCAUUGGCAUCUGAACGAGCUGCCUUCAACUUUUACAAGGAGAAGCUUGGUUUGAACGAUCCUCGAACGCAGGAAUCUGCAGCAUUGCUGAGAACCAUUACUGAGAAGGCUGUUGAUGAUGCCAAGAAGGAACAGGAAUCUAAAAAGAGACAAGAAAAGAAACAGAAGCUAGUCAAGUCAGUGGCGGCAGAAAAUGGAGCCUCAAGAGGCCAUCUCCCAGUCGACGAAUUACUGAAAUUUAUUGGCGGGGAGGCACAGCCUAUAAAGAAAAAGAAGAAGAGUGCCAGCUCUUCACCCUCUGCAGAAUUACAUUCAGUCGAGGUGUAG